AUGGUUAAAGCUUUGAAAUAUUACAUUGUUGAAACAAAACAAAAAAGUGGUUCUAGAUUAAAUUCUACUUCAUCUCAAUCAUCUAAUUAUGGUCCUUUAGAUAAUUUUGUUACCAGACCUUUAUCUAAAGCAGAUAAUGAAGUUUUUCAUAAACUUCUAUUAAAAGCCACUAUUUCUUAUAGAAAAACCCUUUCCACUAAACUAUUGAAUGAUGCAGUUAAAGAAUAUGACAAUGUCAUGUUAGAAAAAUUAAGAUUAGAUCAAAUAGAAUUGGAGACUGAACUAGAAAGAUUAAAAAAAUUAACCCCUAAAGAACUAGUUGAUAAAUUAAGUGUUAAAGAAAAGGAAAUCAAUGAUUUAAAA